UUUCAGAUUAACAUGUCUGGACGACUGUAUGCGCGCAGAACAGACGGCGUGGACAGCAGUUUGUGGGUUGAGUUCACGCAGCUGGCAGCAGACUACAAAGCAGUGAACCUUGGUCAGGGAUUUCCAGACUUCUCUCCUCCCGAGUUUCUCCAGGAUGCUUUCUGUGAAACUGUCAGAGGAGGACCUCAAAUGCACCAGUACACCCGAGCUUUUGGACAUCCUCGUCUUGUGAAAAGUCUCGCUAAAUUCUUCAGCAGGAUUGUGGGACAUGAGAUUGAUCCUCUUGAAGACGUCCUGGUCACAGUUGGAGCUUAUCAGGCUCUCUUCUGUGCAUUUCAGGCUCUGAUUGAUGAAGGGGAUGAGGUCAUAAUUAUUGAGCCGUUCUUUGACUGCUACCAACCGAUGGUGAAGAUGGCUGGAGGAAAGGCGGUUUAUGUCCCUCUCAGGCCAAAAGUUGAGGGAAGUGCCGUCCUGUCGAGUGGAGACUGGGUUCUUUCUGCUGAGGAGCUGGCCAGUAAAUUCACUCCACGCACAAAAGCAAUCGUUAUCAACACUCCCAACAACCCACUGGGCAAGGUUUACAAGACUGAAGAGCUCCAAAUGAUCGCUGAUCUGUGCAUCAAACAUGACGUGCUGUGCAUCAGUGACGAGGUGUACGAGUGGCUGACUUAUGACGGAAACAAGCACGUAAAGAUAGCCAGCCUUCCUGGCAUGUGGGAGCGAACCAUCACUGUCGGCAGUGCUGGAAAGACCUUCAGCGCUACUGGCUGGAGGGUUGGCUGGGCUAUUAGCUCGAAGCAAAACAUCAAACGUCUGAAAGCCAUGCAUCAGAUGUCUGUCUUUGAUUGUGCAACUGCUACUCAGGAGGCAGUCGCUCGCGGAUUUGAGAGAGAAUACGAGCUGUUUGGGACUCCAGAGAGUUACUUCCAACAACUGCCAGCGAUGUUGUACCAGAAGAGAAAGAAGCUGGCCUCGUGCCUGGAGAGUGUGGGUUUGCAGCCCAUCAUGCCGGAGGGAGGCUACUUUAUGAUCGCAGACAUCUCCUCUGUCAAGGUGGACCUCAGUGAUUCCAUGAGCUCUGAGGAUGAACCAUAUGACUUCAGAUUUGUUAAGUGGCUGACCAAAGAGAAGGGUUUAGCAACAAUCCCCGUCUCUGCAUUCUACAGUCUGGAGCACAGAAAGGAGUUUGACAAAUACAUCAGAUUCUGUUUCGUCAAGGAGGACUCCACUCUGGAUGCAGCUGUGGGAAUACUGACAAAAUUUGGUCAAAGGCAGUAAUACCAUUCACAAAGUGGUGCACACGCAGUCAUACAGUCUUGUCCCCCCAAAUGUACACUUAAGGGUACUAUAAGGUGCACAAACACAGCUUGGAUUUGCAGUUUUUAUUCGCACUAUACUGGUUAAAGGACACAGUCUUUCAAACUCUGCAUCCAAAAGGUUAAAUAAAGCUUUUAAUAAAU